AGGAGCUUCAGUGUAGAGGCAACGAAUCUCAGAUUUACUUCUGUUCAACAUCGUCUUCACUCAAACGCAACUGCUCCCAUGACCGUGAUGUGGGACUGGUGUGUGCUGACAGUGUAAGGUUGGUGGAUGGUGGCAGUCGCUGCGCUGGGAGAGUGGAGGUUCUUCAUAGAGGACAGUGGGGAACAGUGUGUGACAGUGUGAGGUUGGUGGAUGGUGGCAGUCGCUGUGCUGGGAGAGUGGAGAUUCUUCAUAGAGGACAGUGGGGAACAGUGUGCGGCUAUAUCUGGAAUAUGAGAGAUGUUUCAGUGGUGUGUAGAGAGCUGAGCUGUGGGGAUCCAUUGAGUCUGGAUGCUGCUGUAGGAGGAUCAGGACCGAUCUGGAUGAGUCAUGUGGACUGCAGUGGAUCAGAGUCUACACUGAAAAACUGUGGAUCACUGGGAUGGGGCAAACAUAGCUGUAUUCAUCUUAUAGAUAUCGAAAUUCAUUGUUCAGGUCAUAGAAGGUCCAAGCUUACUGGUGGUCCUCAUCGUUGCUCUGGGAGAGUGGAGGUGCUUCAUGAAGAGACCUGGUCCACGGUGUGUGAUGCUGACUUUGACCAGCAGGAUGCAGAGGUUGUGUGUCGAGAGCUGGGCUGUGGGCUUCCUGUGGAGGUGCUGGGAGCAGCUGCUUUUGGCAGAGGGGAGGGUCAGGUGUGGUCAAAGGAACUUCAGUGUAGAGGAAUUGAAUCUGAGAUUUCCCUUUGUCCAACAUCAUCUUCACUUAGACUCAACUGCACCCAUGGCAGUGAUGUGGGACUCAUAUGUUCUGGUCACACUCGGGCUCGGCUGGUGAGUGGCUCUGACUCCUGUUCUGGUCGAGUGGAGCUCCAGUACCUCAGUGAAUGGGGCACAGUGUGUGAUGUAAGCUGGGAUAUGAGAGCUGCCAGUGUCCUCUGUGCUCAGCUGAAGUGUGGGAGUGCUGUGGCUGUGUUGGGGUCAGACUGGUUUGGGGAGGGGAGUGGCCAGAUCUGGGCUGAUGUGUUUGAUUGUGAGGGGAACGAAACACACCUGUCAAAAUGUCCCAUUUCAUCAUGGAGUCGAACUGCAUGCUCUCAUAAACAGGAUGCUGGAGUCAUCUGCAGUGGUUCACUCAUGGCAGUUCAUGAGGGGCGAGUGAGGUUGUCUGGAGGGAUGGAGUGUGAGGGGGAGGUGGAGGUGUACUUCUUGAAGGACUGGAGGAGAGUUCUGCUGGACUCCUGGAGUGAGUCUGAGGCCUCUGUGGUCUGCAGACAGCUGGGCUGUGGCUCUGUGUUCAGCUUCUCCAGCUACUCUACAUCCAGUCCUGAACACAGUCACAUGUGUGUGACGGGUUUCAAUUGUUCUGGGAGUGAAGCUCAUCUGGGGAACUGCAGCAGCGCACAAGCAGUCAACUGCAGCUCCAGAGAUCAGCUCUCAAUCACCUGCUCUGCUCACAGCUCCAUCAGGCUGGUUGGCUCUGGGGGAAACUGUGCAGGAAGGCUGGAGGUUUUCCACAGUGGCUCAUGGGGGACAGUGUGUGAUGACUUGUGGGAUAUUGAGGAUGCGCAGGUGGUUUGUAGACAGCUGCAAUGUGGAGUGGCUCUCAGUGCUCCGGUACCAGCCCAGUUUGGACCUGGAACUGGACCCAUAUGGCUGAAUGAGGUGGAGUGUGAGGGAAACGAGACGUCCCUGUUUAACUGCAGAUUUCAGAUGUGUGGAGAAGAUGAAUGUGGCCACAUGGAGGACGUAGGAGUCGUGUGUUCCGAAUUUAAAGAGAUCAGACUCACUGAGGGCUGUCAGGGGAAUCUGGAAGUGUUCUACAAUGAAACCUGGGGUAAUGUGUGUACAAAUAACAUGGAUGAAGAAGUAGCAAAUUUGGUCUGUCAAGAGUUGAACUGUGGAAGAUCAGGCAGUUUGAGCCAAACCAAAGCAAGAGUGGAAUCAGCUCCUAACUGGCUGGAUGAUCUGAAAUGUAGGAAACAUGACUCCACUCUGUGGCACUGUCCAUCUUCAGCCUGGGGACAGAACAGCUGUAAUAAUCUAAAUGAAGUGGCUCACAUUACCUGCUCAGGAGAGAUAAAUCAUUCUUUGCUGCAAAACCAUCUGAAAUGCUCCUCAUUUCCAAACCAGAGUCAAUGCUCAAAGCACCUGCCUCUCAGGCUGAGUGGAGGGAAUGGAAGCUGCUCUGGGAGGCUGGAGGUGUAUCACAACACUGAGUGGGGCUCCGUCUGUGAUAAUGAGUGGGACAUCAGUGAUGUUCAGGUGGUCUGCAGGCAGCUGGGCUGUGGGCCGGCGCUGAGUGCUGAUGGGAGUGCUGUCUUUGGUGCUGGUGUAGGGCCUAUCUGGCUGAACAGAGUGAAGUGUAGAGGGAAUGAGAUUCACCUGUGGGACUGUCCUCAUUCCCUGAAGGACCACGCUGACUGUUCCCACAGUCAGGACGCUGGAGUCACCUGUACAGACAUAUUUGUAUCCACCACUGUUACAUCCAGAGUAACUACUAUUACCAUCACAGCUGGUCAGACAGAGAACGAAGCAGUUACUCCUACACAAACUUUUUCAGCAGCUGUUCCAUCCAUCUAUCCAGUGUCUCUCCUGGUUCUGGGAGUGCUGCUCUUCCUGGCCUUAUUGUUUCUGGUUGUGCUGUUUUACCAGAACAGAGUGCUCAGGAGAGUGCUCUCUAAGAGGAAGCAUAAGACUCAGACUGAGGCAGUCUAUGAAGAGAUCGACCAGAGAAUCAUCACUAAGAGAACGACUAAAAAGGUAAAUAUCCUCUCUGAAGAACAACAUUCAGGAUAUGAGGAUGUGGAUGAGGAGCUUCUCUCAGCAAAGGCUGUGAAUGAGGAAAAAGCUGAAUAUUAUGAUGAUGCCUCCACCCGUAGCCUGAAAAGUGAGGUGGGAACUAGAGACACUCCAGAUACCUAUGAUGAUGUCAUUUCUGCUGGACACACAACAACUAGAGAAGCAAAGAACAAGGUGGAGCUCUAUGAUGACGCCGUUCCUGCUGGAAAGAAUCUACAGGUUACAGCAGUGUACACACCAGAGAACUAUGAUGAUGUCAUCACUCCUGGACAGGAUUUUGGAGAUUCAGCAGGCUAUGAUGAUGUGGAUGUGUCUGAGAAAGAGGCACAAAUCAUCUGACAGAGACCCAAAUAAUGCGUCUACUCAGGAAAUGACAUUCGAGCUUCUUAAAAUCAGCCAAAGUUUGAAGAACAACAAAUUAUUUUAUAUUCUUCUUGAAGAUGUUUGUAUUCUUGUGACUGUGCUAUUUUUUUACUCAGGAAGAGCAAAAUGUUCUCUAACUAAUUGCAUUCUAAGCCACUUUGCUUUCUUUUUCAAAAAAAAAGGAAAUUUAAAAACUUCAAAGAAAAACUGCUUAAAUACACACAUUAGCUUUAAUUUCAUGGCCUGUGAAUGUUAUUUACAUUUAAUUUCUUGCUCUAUUAAUUUGCUUUGCUGCUCUUUGUAGCUGCUCAUCAGUGAGGCUACAAAUUCUGUAUUAUGCAAAUGUUUAUUCAGUUCAGUCCUGAUUAUAUAGAGUAAUAAGUAAAUGAACAGCUCUUCAUGUUUCACUGUAAAGAGCAGAGACAGAUGAAGGUGUUUUAGGUUGGAGGUGCUUCAUCAUUUUAGCAGCACAUAAGUGAUAAAUAUCAUGAUGUCAUCAUCAAUAGUGUUUUUUUUUUCUUAUUCAUUAGAAUUUUCUGGGGGAAUGACAUGAUACAGCCUACAUACAUGAUACAGUACUCCUAUAACCAGCACAGCAAUCACAGCUGACCUGCUGUCUCAGCAAAUGAGCUGAGCACUGACCAGUCAGACUGCUGAUUAGAGGAGUAAAGCAGUUUGUGUUGCAGCCGUAGUCAAACUACAUGUCAACAUCUAGAGAGAUUAUUACAAUUUUAGAAAAUAUCCAUGGGACCGGGAUAAUUGUUAGCUGGAAAUUUAAAGAUUUAAUACCAUAUUAUUUUAUUGCUUAUAUUUUAUGGGCACAGAAUAUUUUAAAGUGGUCUUUUGUUGUUGUUUUUUUUUCUCCUGAAAUCUGGAGGUGCUGGAUCCCACUCAGCACUCCUCCUUCCCCCAUCGUUGCUUCAGAGUAUAUUUUGCCUGAUUAACAGUUCAAUCAUUGAUGUGAAAUGAAAAUAAAAGCUGAUAUUUUGCUGUA